UGUUUGCAAAGAAGCAAACAUGGCUGCCAGAUCGCUUGGAUUUGGCUUCAAAAACCUGAUGAUCUAAGCUGUGCUUUUGCUUGGAACUGAAAUAUGUGACUGCUUUUAUGUUCUUCGAGAUUCUAGGUUUUAGUUUAACUAAGUUGAUGGCGUUGUGGCUAUGUAGAUGUAUCUGUUAUGGUCCUCGAAAAAUGCUGUAAUUUUUUAGCAAGAGCAAAAUUGCUUUCGAUUGUUUUGCUAUUAACUUGUAUUUCUCAUACAAUCGCAACGAACAAUGAGUCGAAUUUUGAGUCCGGCAAUAUGGCUUCGUCUUGGGCAAUACGGAUCCCGCUUAAAGAUGGAGUAAGCGAUGAAAAUCUUCGCAAGAUGGCCAAGAAAAUUGCAAGGGAAACAGGCUUGUCUUUUCACGGACAAAUUGGUGGCUUACGUGGACAUUUUCUGCUUGUACACGAAACGUUUUACAGGGAGAAUGGUUUGAACGAUAUUUCGGAGUUAAAGAGCGUUUUACACAGGAUUACUGAACAGUUACAGCGACAUCCUGAAGUGGAAUGGUCCAUCAGAGAGCGGGUUAGGCAAAGAUACAAAAGAAGUCUGAGAUUUAAAGAUCAGUAUUUUCCAAGCCAAUGGCAUUUGGUGAGUUAGAUGUUGUCUAUAUAUCUGCUCGGUUGGUCAGGAUGGCCUGGUGUUUAGACAAGCUAUUCCGGUUAGGGUCCAUCGACAAAUAGAUAUCGUCCACCAAUCGCGGACAUGUUUUGCGAUGGGAGGAGGGGGUCAGUCUUGAACCUGUGAUGAAAAGGAAAAUGAGGAUGAAAUCUGGAUUGAUGUCUGUGAAAAAACAUUGCACAUUAUGUAUUUGCCGACCCUAUUAUUUUUUCAACGCGAUUGACCGUGCGACCCUAUUUUCGCCGGGUGGCUGCGGGCUGCUGCCAAAAUGGUGUCUGUUGUCACACUAAAUUUAUUGAAAAAAACAUGAAAAAAAUAUUUAAAAAAAAAAAUUAUGGCCAUUGUUACAGUACCUCCCCUGGCUAGCAGUGACUUGAAUUCAUGUUUCAGAGAUGUGAACGUUAAUAAUUAAGUACCUAAAUUGCUGGUGAUGCCAAUACACUGAAACACUGUAACAACCCCAAUGCCAAUAACAACUAGCUUUUGUAGCCAAAAAGAGAACAACGUUUCUGUUCUUGUUUAAAAUACGUAAAUUGAAGUCCCCAAAUAUAUUUAGAAUGAAGUUACAGAAUACAGGGUUAAAUAAAAGUUUUGUAAAGUUUUGUAAAAGGGUAUAAAUAAAAGUUUUAUAAAGUUGCAACUGUUCGGUCAAAACUAAACAAAAGAAAUACAUAUCUUCUGGGGUUCUACAAUAGAAUAGAGAAUAUAUUCUGUGCUUUGAGAUCAUGGUUUAAGUGUAAGGCUAUAAUAGUUCAGCAUAGCCUCUUCUCCUACAAAAUCUCCUACGGAGAAUUAUCAUCUGAUGAUGUGUGUGAAUUUCAAUGAAUGCGGGUGAAUUUACGUGGGUGAUGAUCAAGGGAGGAUUUUCAUUGAUUUAAAAGGAGGGGUAGAAAAAGUUCUGGUGGGGUGCAAGCGGCACCACUCGGUGAGCUUCAGCAGGGGUUAGGCAUUUGGGUUAAAGCCUUUCAUACAAAAUAGGAAGGGUGAAGUGAAAUUUUGGUGAGGUUGAACACUUUAUUAGAGGGGUCAGAGAGAUUCUAAGGAGGGGGGUUAACCCCUUCUAAGCCCUGCCCCCAGUAAAUCUGCCCAUGGUGAUGAUUCCAAAAUGCGGGUGAGUUCAUAUAUUUGAUGUUUAUGUUAAACUUUUUAGAACAACUUGCAGCAUCUUGGUCAUGACAUCAAUGUAACGACAGUUUGGGAACAUAACAUAACUGGACAUGGAGUUGUCGUGGCUAUUGUCGAUGAUGGUAGGUUCAUGGCUGUAACCUGUGCUUGGCAAUGGUUGGCUCUGAAGUAAAAAUAUGUUUUUGAAAUGCCAACGAAUAAACUUAUUUAUUAUAUAAACAUAAGUGUUAUAUAGACUUUUUGGCCACUGAGAAAAAUCGUAUUUAAAUACACGUAAAAAUACGAUAUUUUUACGUGUGAAAAUAUCAUUUGUUGUAAAACGCAUUGCCACGGACGAUUUAUUGUUUUUCACUGAAUUUUGUUUAUAUAAUAAACAGAAAAAUACAUGGGUGCUUGGAAAUACCAGAUUUAUUUCUCGUGUUGAACAUGAUAUCUCACUCGUUCGCUGCGCUCACUCGUGAGAUAUCAUGUUCAACACUCGAAAUAAAGCUGGUAUUUCCCGCACCCAUGUAUUAUUCUCUAUGUAAUUUAUGUUUUAGGUGUUGAAUGGACAAAUCCUGAUAUCUUUGAGAACUAUGUAAGUGGUGACGAGCUGGUUUAAUGUGCAAGAUUCUCCAGGCCAUGAUCUCAAUGGGUUAACCCAUUAAGCACCAGCGCUCUCCCCUUGACGAGUAAAAUUGUCUGGCGUUAAACAGAGUAAAAUAAUAAAGUAUGGUGCAUUGCGACUCAAUGGGUUUGACUAGACACAUGAGCAGAUAGGCCAGUUAACCAUUAAGUUAGCACCAGCCCUCUCCCCUUGACGAGUAAAAUUGUCAGAUGGCGGUAGACAGAGUAAAAUAAUAAAGUAGGGCGCAUCGGGCGCAAUGCGACUCAAUGGGUUAAUAUACUGUAAGACAAAACAAAGUCCAAAAUCAAAGGCUGUUGAGGCCGACUCACAGAUAAGAUCAAUUAAAUUAAGUGACAGAAAGAAUUAGAGCAGUUUGCAGUUGUUUUUGCAAACUGGGUACCAUGCAAAUUUUGCCAUUUCACUCAUUUGCCAUGCUUCAUUUGCCAAAUCAAAAGAACGAACGUGUGCUGCAGCCCGAUUUCCGGUUGUGAAAGGCCCGAUUUGCAGGCAAGCGCAUAGCAGGCUGGUCAUUUCCCAUUGUUUAAAUUAACUGCCCCACACUCACCGCACACUCAAGUAACCACAAAGAUGUGAGUCAAAAAAUGAGAAAUCCAAGCUAUGGAUUGAAACAAUACUAAUUAUAUACUGUACAUAAACUAAAAUUUGUGAUAUUUCAAUAUAUGUUUAACCCAUUGAGUGGUAGCACUCUCCUCUUGGACUUGGUAAUAUAUGAAUGAAAAUAAUGUGAAAAUGAAUAUGAAAAUAAUAAAGUAUAGGGUUCAUAGUGAGGGUGCAAUUUUUUUGUCAGUUUCUGAUUUACAGUAGCUACACUACACUCUACAGUAUUAGAAAUAUCUGAGUGCCUUAGGGACUGUUAAUCUGGAAGCCAGCCUGGCCUUGUUAAGCGAGACAGCCCAGUAAGCGAGAUCUUGCUGCGUUUUGAAAGCCUUGCAUUCAGGCUCAAUGCAACCUAAUUGGGUUAAUUAUAUACAAUAUGAUUACAUCUAGUCAUCUGAGGGAAGCUGGGAUCUUAAUUCCAACGAUCCAGACCCGACACCUCGUGCUGAUGACGUGGGUCUGAAUCACCAUGGUACCAGAUGUGCUGGUGAAAUUGCUGCCGUGGCUAACACGUAUUGUGCUGUUGGCGUGGCUUACGGAGCCAAAGUCGCAGGUAUGACAGAACUAGAAUGAUAAUCAUGGACACAUUCUGAGGGGAGCACCUUUCCUGAGAUAGUUUUGCAUCUCCUCAUUGAAAUAACCCGAAACAUUAACCAGGAAUAAAUGUAUCAAAACUUUGACUCUGUGUAGCACUUCAUGCCACUUGUCAAUAAUUGUGGCCAGGGUCGGAUCCCCCCCCCCCCGGUUGCCAAAAAAAUUUAAGUCAGUGUACCAUUUUAGGGGUAAGAAAUUUUUUCCGGAGUAAAAAAUUUCUGGACGAGUACGUUGCAGAUACUUUCCAGGGACUUUAUCUCAUUUUUCUAUGCCUUAUUUCGGUAAUUAGCCAAAUAAAACAGAUAUCUUGUCCUUUGCGCACAAAUAUUUAACACACAAAAAAGACUGGGGCCCAACAAAAAAUUUUCAGGGGCACCCAGCACCUCGGGGCCUGGGGCAAUUUGCCCCCCCCCCCUGCCCCCCCUCUCGGCGGCCCUGGCCUCAUCUGCAAAGUGGGGUGCAGGUUUUCCAUGGGAUGGUGCAUGAGGGAACCUUACUGUCCACUCUUCUCUGCAGUCUGCAUUGCUACUAUCCCAAUAUUACCAUUAUUUGCGAUGGUCGAAUCUGCAUGUUCGCCGUUCUGUUACGUUUUACAUUAUCUUUCGUUUAUAGAGUUUAUAUUGGCUUUUUAUUGAAUUUGUGUGACUGGACAGUUGCUGUACAUAGUACAGUACUGUAUAUUUGAAAAUAUGGCUGUUUCACAACCUCGACAUGUUUGCAUAUUUAACCAUGAUAUUUAACUAUUUAGCAUUCUGCAUGUUUUCUGGUGAGCUCACAAAUCAAUUAAAUCGUUUCAAGAAAUCGAUACGCGCUAACAGUAGACAUUCGCUAAUCGUUUUCGAAAAGCAGAAAAUGUAUGGUCAAGCAGAUUGAUUUUUAGGGUGGUUCUAGACACCAGUAGGUGGGUGCACACUCCCUGCACCCCAUUGUAGAUCUGCUCCUGAUUGUGACCAAUUCCAAGAUCAUGCUGAUAAUUGGUGAAUGUCGAAAUUUUUUGGGCAUCUUGUUCGAUACCUAUACUAAUAGUAGAUUUUUUGUGGAUAGAAUUUUCGAACACAAAUUUAUAUACAUUUUUUGCGUUCGAAAAUUCCAUCUCCAAAAAAGAACCCAAUAAUGCUUAUAAUGUACCACUAACAGUACAUUGCACUACAGUGCAUCUUGUAGCAGCGCCUGAAUAUAAACCUUUUUCUAGGUGUCCGUAUUUUGGACGGUCCAAUGACGGACAGUCUUGAAGCAAUGGCGUUUAACAUGAAAGACCAGGUGAAUGAUAUAUACAGUUGCAGUUGGGGUCCAGAUGACAAUGGCAAGACAGUGGAUGGCCCACAUCAGUUAGCACAGGUAUAUAAGACUGCUUUAUAUUUAAUUUCCCAUUCUGUAAUUCAUCCUGUAAGUCCUGGAGUUUCUUUCCUGGCACUGGUUGUCCAAUAGCCGGUUAGCCUAACCCUAGGUUAAGUGGUUAACCUAAAAUUCACGGCAAACUUCCCAACAGCUUGUUUAUAAACUUGGAAAUAUUUCUUCAGAAAUCUUAUGUGGAUCAAUGAGAGUUCUUUUCUGGAGUUUUGGAACAAAUAGACAUGCAAAAAUACACAAACCAAAACAACAGUAACUCAUUAUCACUUGCCCGUUGAAAACUGCAGACUGGCAGUCGAAAGCUCGUUUAAUAAAUCUUUAAUAACCAGAGAACGUCUAAACUAUUAAUACAAAACAAGGUCUGGUUGUUCAAAGCUGGUUUAGCGCUCACCCUGGGUUAAAAUUUAACCCGCUGUUUUAGUCUUUAGUUUUUAUCAUCUGAUGAUGAUACUUGAACAUUAUUUAGACUAUUGAUUUUGAAUAAAUGGUUGUGUUUCACAAAGCAAAAUCCGUGCCAUUUUCAAAGAUUUUCCAGUAUUAUUAAUCCUUGAAUUUAAUAAAAAAACGUGCGUGAGAGACUUGGAAUAUUUAGUACUUGGAUUUCAUCUUCAAUAAAAGCAGGGCUAGGGGUGGAAAAAAUAGGCGAGCACUGCUCGCAGGAAACGUUAAACAGCUGCAGGAAAUUCGUUUGAAUGAAGAUUUGCUAUUGAAAAUUUGAAGGAAACCUUAACACCCAUGUCCCACUAUGGGCGCAACAACAUAUGGUUGACAGACAUUCUUUGAAUUUAAAACCAUGGUCAGCUAGAACACUAUAUGUUUAUGCACAUGUAGAUUUAGCACAAAAAUACUCCGUUGGUCUGCGGAAAAUGUUUGUCUCCAGGUUGUGCUCCCAGGAAGAAAAUUCUUUUUUCCUGUCCUGAAUAAAGGGUGGACACCCAAGGUUGGGGCGAAUUUUAAAAAAAUUACAAGAUUGCUAACCUAAUACUAACAAUUAAAAAAAAAAUGAGUUAGGUUAGCGGCGUAUGAAUCAAUGUCACUCUAACGUCGCAUAAUGCGACAGCCUCUGCCGGACUUGUGUCGAACUUUUGCCUCUCCAAAUUCUGCCGUACUUAAUUCACACAUCGCUCUUUUGUCAUACGUAAUUCGUCAAAUAAUUUCGGCACAUGAAAAGCACGCCAUUGAUGAGAGUUGGCAGUCCCGUAUUGUUACAGGGGACAUUUCAAGCUCUAGAUUAGCAAAAUAAAGCUUUGAUGAUUGUUCCAAUGAUAUAUGUUUGUGAUGUUACUCUGAGUGUAUAUCCACACCGGGCAAGCUUGAAAAAUAUGCCUGGCCACGGUGGGAAUCGAACCUACGACCUUUGGAAUACCAGCCCAAUGCUCUGCCAACUGAGCUACCGCGUAGCUUGCCCGGUGUGGAUAUACACUCAGAGACUCGGAGUAACAUCACAAACAUAUCACCAACACAGAAAAAAUCUUAAAUAGAAUACAUGAUAGUGUCGGGGAAGCAUUAAGAACAGCUAACUAAGGUCACGUGACUGUCAACUCUCAUGCACUCUCAUGUGCUGAACGCAAUAGAAACAAUAGGUAAUGAGGCAUUUCAGCUGAUUAUCCAUUGUUUUUAAUGCGUUCGGCAUAUGAGAAGCGCGACGUUUGAAACAGGGCUCAUUCUUGUGUGAUGUGGGCUUGAUAACCAGCCAAUUCUUGUUGACCAAAUAACUCUUUCAUCCUAUACAUGCUGUAUUCUUAGGCUGCCCUUGCUCAUGGUGUUAGAGAAGGCCGAGGUGGACUGGGAAGUAUUUAUGUAGUGGCAUCUGGGAAUGGCGGGAACUAUAAGGAUAACUGCAACUUUGAUGGAUAUGCAAAUUCCAUCUUCACUUUGACAAUAGGUAGGGAUAAUGAUGGUUUUGUCACGUAUUUGCGAUGAAAAGUGUUCAAAACUUAAAAUCUUUUUGGCGUUCCUCUCAAAAUUCCUUUGUUUUAGCUUUAUUUUGUAGUUUACAAGGUUAGCAACCUUAAUGUAUCUGGCGGUUGAGAAACACAAAAUAAUAGUUAAAUAUUGUCAAUUUAAAUACAAUUAUCAUUGAUGUUGUAAAAUUGACGCCAUAUGCAUGUAUAACUUCAGACAUCAUUUUCUCUUUGGUGUACCAUCUAAAAUCUCUUCAUUUUUCGCAUAAUUUUGCAGAAAAUCACUAAACAUACUUUUUAAGUUUGUUUGCCGCUUGAGAAACAUACCAGAAAUUAAAAAAAUGAAUAUAUAGUCAUAACCAAGUGAAAAAGUAUAUUCAUUAUUUUUAAGCGCUUGUUACGUAAGAUACGAAAUACUCCCUUCUUAAUAUUGUAGGUGCUGUGGACGAGUCGGGUGAAAUGCCUUACUAUGCUGAAAAUUGUGCUUCCAUGUUGGCUACAACAUAUAGCAGUGGGCAAGCCCCGUUGAGAAAUAUUGUAAGUUUUUUACAGUACAUUAGCGAGGUUCAGAUUUGACUUCCACUACAACUUCCUCUCUCUGAUCGUACGCAUCUGAUUGGUUAAUCGGAUAUAUCAAACGCAUCUUAUUGGUUAUUAAUGAUCCCUAAUGGUAGCGGUAGCUGUAGUGGAAGUGAAAUCGGAACCGCUCUCUAUCAGUGGUCAGAGUGCCGAACCAGAAUCAUUAAGCACCCGUUUUCAAAUAAAAAAAUAAUCCGGGUCGACAAUGACAAUGACAAUGACCAUUUAUUGAGUACCAGAUAUUACAAUUACUAUAUUAAUAAGACAUAAUUAAAUUAUACUUUUUUGAAGGUACAAGCUAACUGAAAUAUACCAUUAUGUGCUAAACUAUAUAUAGUCAGUUAGCUGUACAAUAUACUUUUCAUAAAUAGGUCCACUGAAAUGUUUUAAAUUAGCAGAAAAAAAUGGUGGCAGUAAUACAGUAGUUAUAAUAUAAUAUAGUAAAAUUAGUAAAGUUAGAAUAUGUAGGAAUUAGUGUAAAAAAAGGGAAAUAUAGAUAAUAGUAUACAAUAUCAUGAAAGAUGAAUUAUUAUAACAUUAGCAAAACAAUUGCAUGCAAUUAAUUGUUGCUUAUACUACUAAAGCACAUAUAUUCAAAAUAGCAACAAAAUCUGGGGUAUCUCAGAGAAAGAAAAACAGUGCAGAACGUUGACGUGGAGGUCUUAUGUCAAAGCGAAAUGUGUGUUGUUUUUGCUCGAAAUUUUUAGCCACAAAAAACGUUCUAUAUACCUCAGAUUUUAGAUACCUCAGAUUUUAAUACGUUUAAAAUUGAUUGACGCAGGUAACCACUGACUGGAGAAUGGGUUCAGGAACUGGAUGUACAAAUAGACAUACUGGAACGUCUGCUGCUGCACCGCUGGCAGCUGGAAUGCUGGCUCUAGCACUUCAAACGAGGUGAUGUACUGUAUUUACUGUAUGUUACGCAUGCUAAUAACGGUAUACCUGUAUAUAGACCAUUUGCAGAAUUACUGAAUCCUAACCUUAUACAUACAUACACUAGCUUAGUAGCUUUGACGCCAAGAUUCAUUGAUUUCAUUUGAGUUUUAUUCAGUCUUAUGUAAUGUUUGAAGUUUCUGUCAGUUUUCAAAAGAAUGCAGUCGAGGCCAUGCGUGUAUAAUGCUUAUUCUGCUAAUGGUCCCUAUAAAAUGGGAAACGAAGAGGCGGAGAAAAACUAGAACUUAAAAAAAUAAAAAUUCCUGCAGAGUGUUAAAUUUCGAAACUCAAUACCGCUCUAACCCACUGUACAGUCCAAAAUUCCAGUACGAGUGGUCUGGUUGCCCUAAAUGUUAUACAUUUUAUUAUUGCGUAGGUGGUGUUUGUCUUGGAGGGAUGUUCAACAUUUGAUUGUGCACUCUUCGGUCAAGGUAAGUGUGUACAGCGAGUAGUGCUGUGCGCCGGAGUUGCCGGAGCCGGAGUUCUGCCGGAGCUCCGGCGGUUUUUCCGACGCCGGUCAGCGAGAAGUCGUACUAGUUGGUGUUCGUGUGUUUGCUAGUUGAACAGUGAUCAAUUUUACGAUAAAACAACAAUGCUCAACAAAACGGUGUUUCGCUGGCACAUUUGUCAGAGAAAGCGCCUUUCAACUCAAAGAUCGUGGGUUCGAUUGGGUCAUUCCAGAAAAGAUCCACACUCCCCCCACGGAGGAAAUUUCUGGAGGGGGAGGGGAGACAAAAUUGUUUGUGAUAAUAGUAAAUGUAUUAGGACAUCCGAAGGGGGUAGGGGGGUUAACUUCCAAUUUCCUCCGUGGGGGUGGUAUGGAUGUUUUCUGGAAUGACCCAUUCUCGCUACAGAGUACGGACUCAUGACACUUAUGUGAAAAGAGUCAGUCAACGCUCUGCCGAAAGUCGUGAGUUUUCUCCGGAUUCUCCGGUUUCCUCCCACAGGGAAUGUUGACAGGGUGGGUUGGAAUUAGCCCCUAACUCACCAUUCCACCGUAGCUGUGUUCCGUGAUCAGACUUGAGUCAUAAGGUGGCUUCCAGAGGCGCCCUUAGAUUAGAAAGUCUUUGACUGGAUCAGGUUGAGCUACGUCUUUCGCAAUUCAGCUUAGCUCUCAGGUGCAAGUAAGGAUGAUUAGCACAUCUUCGCUUACCUAAAGGUGUUUUAAAAUUUUAGCAUGAUGUUGAUACCCUCGAUUACACUACAAACGGGGCAGGUUUUCAUCACAGUCAUAAGUAUGGCUUUGGUCUAAUGGAUUCCUGGCGACUAGUUAAUCUCGCAAAAGUAAGUACUGCCGAACACUUUGUUUUACAACCAUCUGCAUGAUUAUUCGUCAAUUAGGCCAAUUCCUAUUUCUUCUUGUAAAAACUUAGGUAGUGUAGGUCGAUUUUAACUUUUUUUUUAAACUCUUUUUUUUAUUUUCCUAACAACCGGACGCCAUUUUGUUUAGUCAGUGCUUCCACAUUCAAAGAUAACAUUUCCCCUGAUAUUGCCUCAAAUUUCCAUUUUUCAGAAACGUUUUCCUCUAAGUGGAAACACUUACAAGCAUGAUCCAAUAAAAAAGUUUAGGGUCGGAAUUUCGGCGUCCAAAAGCUAGGUAGGGUCCGGGAACCGGAAACCCACAUAUAUUUUUUUGCCUUACCAUUUCUGCAUGAAUUUUACUUUUUAGGUUUGGACAUCGGUUCCCUGGAUGACGUCAUGGUCUACACCAAUCGUUCUUGUCAACCAAUACAUACCAACUGGAAGUAACCAGCUAAUUGAAGAGUAUAUAGGUAGGUAUAUAAUUUAGCCAGUAUUAUGAUUUCACCUUGGUUUGUUUUUGUUUGUUUAUAUAUUUAUCAUAUUUUGCCCAAAAUGUAGGGCGUUUCUAUAAAACCGAGGUUCCCUUACAAAAAUACAAACAUGUUACAAACAAAGAACUAAAUAUUAAAUAGUACAUACUGUAGCAUUAAAAAAAGUCAAGGAAUAACUUGAAGUAAGAACAAGUCAACGAACAACGCAACUUUAUUUACGAACACUAGUGGUGUGAGUGAAUAGCAUGGGACUGACUUGAUAACAGGGAUGGUUCCACCUGCACCAGGACGAGAGGUGCGGGGGUGUUCAUCGAACUUUGCUCAUGACUCAGGGUGGCCAAGUGUGUAAUCACUACUAGAGGAAGUAGGGUUGGGCGAUAUUAAAAAAAUUAUCUCACGAUUAUUGUCAAGGAAAUUAUCACGAUAUUCGAUAAUAUCGCGAUAAAUGCAAUAAAAACAAUGACCACAUUUUUCAAUUUUAAUUAAUAUCAUUGCAUAGUAAGCUUUUAUAUAAUCUUAUUAAAAACAAGUAAAACAACAAAUUAAAGAGAUAUAUGAAGGAUUUUUCUAGUCUAAUAUUUACUGUUCGUAAACCAGAACUGUCUAUGCAGUGUCUACUGCGUCUCUGCUGGCACAAAUGCUGUGGCCACCACAGCGCAAGAAAAGCCUGCAAUUCCAUUGUUCAGCAGAUUAUAAAUGUUAGCUUUUGUAUCGUAUUAAAUUCGUAUUUAAUUCAGGAAAUAGUUUUAAUUCUUUUAAAAAUUAUAUUUUCUAGGGAAUUGAAAGAAUUUUUUAGGAUUUUAUAACAGUUAUAUACACAUGUGAAGCAAUAUCACGAUAGUCAUCGAGCAUGACGAUAUUUUCGAUAUAUCGUCGCUCAAGUUUCUGCCUUCGAUACGAUAAUCGUGAUUGAAAAUAUCGCGAUAAAUCAAAAUAUCGAAAUAUCGCCCAACCCUAAGAGGAAGCUACCCCCACAGCCCCUUCCACACACCCCUUCUAUCUCGCCCCUCAUGAAAAUCAGCUUGUAAUGUUGUUGAGGCUAGCGUGAAUAAAUAAAGUUUGUAUGCAUGUAUGUAUAUAUGUACCCCCCUUUUUGGAGCCUCCUGCAACCCCCCAUCCCUCCCCAGUAAAUCCAGCCCGGCUUGAUGUCGUUUGACACGUAUAUACUGUCUUGUAGGUUUGAGGCAAUUCCGGGUCAUAAAUUGGGUGCAACUUCUAUGGUUUUAUUUUAAUUUCGUCUAUUUCGUUUUAUAGUUCAAAAGAGGAACUUAGUCGAAUUAUCAACUUUGGAACACGUCACGCUUACAGUAUGUUGGCAUUAUUUGUGUAGCAACAAUGUCCUCGUUUUCAUGUGGUUAUUUGUGAUUGGGUCUUGAUCAAAGAGACACGUAUUCAUGCAGGAAACAUGGGAUAUAACCUUCAUGUGUGCAUGCCAUGCUAAAACAGGCAAACAUUGAAAGGAGACAAUUGGGGCGAAAGUGAAAUAAACAGUAAAGUUUAGUAAUGAGUUAUCGAGUUGCGGCAAUUCUAAUUUUCCCGUUGUAGCAACAUUUUUGAUAACGCGAGAGUGCUUGAAUGCAACAAACUCUAGCAUGGCCGGAUUUUGUGGCGAGGUGCGCACCUCCCGUGAGAUCGUUUUGCACCUCCCCUGGGAAUUUUUGCACCUCCCCUGAAAAGUCAAUCACCUCCCCUUGGGAAAGUUUAAAAUUUAGCUUUAAAUGAUAGAUCAAAGUGAAAAUUUGACAUUUUUGGUUGCUUAGGGUCUACACUUCGUAAGAAAGUUUUUCUGUAAAAUUGAAACAGUGAUAGCCAUUCAUCUCUGUGUCAAGUACCCUUUUAAUGCAAUGUUUCGAAAGAAACUGUGUAGUAAUUGUAAUGAAAGGCAAAAUUGGAUGAGUUGUACAGUCGUAAUUCAUUAAUACACUGAUACAUAUGUACACUACAUGCAUACGUCACGUCGUUGACUUUGGCCCGUUCUAAGCCCUAACUUUCCAUGGGGGUCGUGAGCUAGACCGCUGCGCCUCCCCUAAAUUUUUUCCCACCUCCCCCACUAUUUCCACCAAAAUCUGUUCUUGAACUGUAGUAAGUUGACUUUUUGUAACCGCUCAGGGCUUAAAUGAUUCGAUUUUUCGUUCAAAAUGACUAUUUUCCGUUUAAAUAUGUUGUUUGCUAUUUCAGGUCAACAUUGAUCACAAGUACCGCGGCAGCGUAUUGGUAUCCUUGAUUUCCCCAGCUGGAACUGAAUCCAAACUUGCUACGGAGAGACAGCAGGAUAGGUGAGUGAAAAAAAGUAACAAAAUUGUGCGUUUGCGCCGUUUUUCCAAUUGCGUUUAGCUACCAAUGUUCCAAUUUAAAUCUGCUAAAAAUAUCGUAAUUAUUUAAAUGAAAAAAAUAUAUAAAAAGAUAAAAUACCAUCUAGCCUUAACUAUAUCUGUGUGCUUUUAGUACGCAAAAAGUAAGUUGACUAUUACUUUAAACUUAGAACAGAGAACACAACAGAGAACAUGUGUGGAUCUGGUUUAGAAGAUCGUAUACGUCAGUAUCGAUGAAACAUACACCAACCACGGUUAAUAGAACUAGAUCUAUUAACCGUGCACCAACUUAGUUGUAGAACGUACGCCAGUAUGGUACCUCUGGACCAUUUUUUAACCCCUGACACCUGUAUCUAAAAGGGAAACUGGUAUAUUCAUAAUUUAAACAUUCUCUUUAGGUCUUCGGAGGGGUUUAUCGAUUGGACCUUCUCAACUGUGAGAUGUUGGGGCGAGCAGCCCUAUGGAAUGUGGCAAAUCAUUAUCGUUAACUCGGGUAAUUACAGUAUAAUCCGUUUGUGCCUGCUCGCAACUCAAGAUGACCAAUAUAAUGUAGUUAUUCCAUAGGUUAUUCAGCAAGUUUAUUCUUAUAACUGAAGUGUGUUCUUUAACUUUCGGUAUAAUAUAUAAUUUAUAUAGACCCAAAGCCCCUCGGGAAAUAUCAUCACUUCGGGUAAUAUUUCGUCGAAUCCCCCUCGUUUCGGGUCUAAAAAUGAUAAAUAAUAAAUAUUGCAUAAAAUUCAAGGCAAAAAAUUAAAUAACUAAGAUUUCCGGCUACAAAAGGUGGUCGUAUGUUUACAACCAACAAUUCACUCCCCGUCCGUGGCACUGUUUUGAAUAUGGAUUUACAGUACUCUUUAGAUUUGGAGGUGGCGUUGCUUCGUGGCUCCCUGACCUCUGCAGCCAUGUUAAACACUAGGGAGCUUUAGAUUUGACUACGGGUACGACUACGAGUACGAGAUUUGAUCGCGUGCGAGGAAAUUACCGUAGUCGUUCUCGUUUCCAUUCAAAUGUUGCUUUUAGGGAGCGGUCAUUAUUUAUGGUGGGGGGUGGCACCGAAGAGAAAUGUUUUUCGUGGCAAAAACUUUGCUGACCCAACCAUUAAAAAGUCAAAAAAUUGAUUACCCAACCUCAAAUAUAAAUUAAAACAUAAAUACCCACCCCUGGCCAAAACCUUUACAAAAGGAUACCAUUCAGUUGUCGCACAUGUCCUUUACCACUUCUGUGACACGAGUUUGAUAACGGAUUGUGCAAUUUUCAUGUUGUCUGUACAUGUACUUUCUUUGGAGAACCACUUGUCUCCCAACAAAUCGGAAAAUGAUCAAGAUAGUGACUCUGAUUGAUUCACAUAUUGUAUAAGCAUAUGAAUGUUGACAUUGCGUUUCAGUCUCCAAUUUACAGUGAGUCAUGCUUUGGAAAUAUGACAAUAAUUUUUUAUUACCCAACCCUUGAGUUGUUUUGUUUUUCAUUUACCCAACCUUUUACUUACUCAAAAUUUUGUUUACCCAACCCUUUUCUCUUCGGUGCCACCCCCCGCCAUAAAUAAGGACCAGUCCCUUAUAACAGUAAAUCAACAGCGAGAGAAAAAGUUUCAUAAACUAAAUCUCCUGCUGACUAAAAUCCCUGCAAAACGUGCAAAUAAGUCAUAACAUUAAAAACAGGCCAGAUAUUUAGUACUAAUAUACUAUUUGCGCCGGAUAAACGCUAUAUAAAUGCUACAAAUUAUUUUUGGAAAACAAAAAAAGCCAACUUUCUUUGUUUUUUUUUAAAAGUCGUCGUGAGGACUACGAGGUUUCUCCACAAUUUCGUACUCAGAUGGGCGACGGCUACGACUUUUUAGCGUCAGUACGGGAUGGCGUAAGCAUACAGCAUGCGUUUAGCUUGACGAAUCUCGUACUCGUAGUCGUACUCGUAGUCAAAUCUAAAGCUCCCUACUGAUUUGCAUACAGCAACCUCGUACCCAGGGAUUUGGCGGCCAUAUUAAAAAAUCGGGCGGGUAGGUCCUUGGGUACGUGGUUGUGCAUACAGUAGGUUGCCUUGACUUGAUCAGGACAGGCGCAACCAAAUGAAAAGCAAGGUUUGUUUCUCGAUACAUGGUUGACACUGAUAUUGGAAAAAUGUGGAUUAAAAUACACCCUUUCAUUGAUUACGUCAUUUGGCCUAGGAGCCUCGCUCUCAUGAAUCGUGAGCCAAUCAUCUUGCGUAAUUUACUAAUGAGAGCGAGGCUCCAAGACCAAAAAGUAUGUGUGACGUAAUUAUCGAAAGGGUGUAUAUUGAGUCGUUGUUUUGUUCAGGUCUCGACGACACUUGUCAGGGGUAUGUACGAAAUUGGAGGUUGACUCUCUACGGUUCCUCGAUGACUCCAGAGGAAAUCAAACGGAGACAAACGUAAGAGUGUGAAUCGGAUUAUUAUGACGAUCGAUUGUUGUAAUUGAUCUUAUGGCUAUUAAACGUCCUUCAUGUUACAGUGGGAAGGUUCAUAUUUUGAUUGCCAUGCGCGUGUAAGCAUGUACUGUACUGUGCAAUGGAACUUGUACACUGGAAAUGUAAAAUUAUUAACCCCCGGGCAAACUAGGAAACGUUGUUGUGGAAACAUUUGUGAUUCUCGAUGUUUCCUCAAAUGUUUCCCUGUUUGCCCACCCGUGGAAACAUUGUUGCGGAAACAAAAUUUGCUUCCCGAGAAGCAAAAAUGUUUCCUAGCGAAUUCAUUCAAUUUAGAAACAUUUGAUGUUUCCAUAUGUUUCUCAUUAAUGUUUCCUAGUGUUUGCCCACUCCUGGAAACAUGGCGAAACAUUGGUAGGAAACAAUGUUUCCGCAACAAUGUUUCCUAGUUUGCCCUGGGCUUUACUCACUCUUUUUUUCAUCACUACAGUUUGGCCGCAGACGCUUUUACUGGUCGCUACUUGACCAGCAACGAGACAACACCGUGUGUUCAAAUCUCCGCCUCUGAAGAUAAAAGUAUUUUAAGCGAGCGUUUACUCACGGUAAGUUGGGUUUGUAAUGCCGAGAAAUUCGAAGCUAGAGUUUCUGUAAAUCAGGAGAAAUCUUUAUCCGAUUUACAAACAUUGAUCAAACAUUCAUUGGAAACCCUGUAUUCUAUAUAACAUGCUCAUAUUAACAUUCUGCCACUGUAUUUGUAGAUAUUAUUGCUGGUCAGUGGUUUCUGCAUGCUUCUAGCUCUGUACUAUAUGUUAGAUGUAAUAUGUGGCAAAGUGGAACAACGACAAAGUGAAGACGCUGACGUCAGCGGCGAGAUGAGACCUCCUGCUCCAGACGUCGAAGUCCAGGCACCUAGUUCGACCACCAGCUGUGAUGCCAGUCCAGAUUCCUCGCUGGACCUCUCCAUUCGGUUGAAAGCUGAAGAUAGUUCACGAUUAAG